UUUCUAUCUGAACCUCUCCCGAUUCGGCGAAUAGGUUUUCAUUUCAUUUCUCGCACUCUCUCUCUCUCUCUCUCUCUCUCUCUCUCUCAGAGCAAAACGCAAAACCAGAUACCAUCGAAGCAAGCAAAUCCUAGGGUUUCCCCUUCAAAUUUGUCAACUACACCUCUCUCUCUCCACUUCGAUUUCAAAUGUAAUUCAGAUUCAUCUCACUUCGCAUCUCCUCACUCAACUUUAGGGCUUUUCCUCUCUCUUCCCCAAAACCCUCUCCAAACACGAUUCCCAAUCCGAUUACUCGAUCUCCCCAUGGAAUCCAGAGAUUUACCCUCCUCCUCUCCCUCCUCCACCGCCAACCGCGACGCCUCCUCCGCCACCGAUGCCGACGACGGCGUUUUCACCGUUGCCGUCGCCCUCGCCAAAGACGCCGCGUUGCAUUUCCAGUCUGCCAAGUUCGCCGAGUGCGCCGAGGUGUUGAACCAGCUCUUGCAGAAGAAGCAAGACGAUCCCAAGGUCCUUCAUAAUAUUGCAAUUGCGGAGUUCUUCCGAGAUGGUUGUUCAGAUCCCAAAAAGUUGCUUGAAGUAAUUAAUGGCAUCAAGUUGAUUCAGAGAAAAAAUGACGAGCUUGCUCUAGCUUCGGGAGAACAAGGAGAGUCAGCAAACAAUGUUGGAAAUAAAGCUGUUUUGGGGUCCAAAGGAAGUAAUACUUCAGCACAUCAGUUUUCAGGUGCAAAUAGCACUGGCACCAUGUAUACAGAUGAAUUUGACUCUUCUGUGGCCAUGCUAAAUAUUGCCAUCAUUUGGUUCCAUCUUCAUGAUUAUGUAAAGGCAUCGUCAGUUUUGGAACCACUCUUUCAAAAUAUUGAACCCAUAGAUGAGACAACAGCCCUACAUAUUUGCCUCCUGCUGCUUGAUGCUAGCCUUGCUUGCCAUGAUGCAUCAAAAUCAGCUGAUGUGUUGACAUAUCUGGAAAAAGCAUUUGGUGUUAGUAGUGCGAGUCAAGGUGAUAAUGGGAACACAACACAGCAACAAGCUGCAAAUCUAAUUACAAAGUCUGCAUCUGUCGUCAUUAGUGCAUCAGCUGCUGAUGCAUCUAGUUCCGAUUUAGGAUCAAGUGCAAAUGCGUCUGAAAAUCAUCUAUCCAGAGCUUUGUCUGAAGAUACACUUGAUUAUGAAGCCAUGAUUUUGGAUAUGGGUGGACAAAAUUUAGCAAGGCCAAUGGGCCCCUCUUCAAAUGAUCUUUCAAGGGCUUUGGUUGACAGGUUUUCUACAGUUGAUUUAAAGCUUAAAUUGCAACUUUACAAGGUUAGGUUUCUGCUUCUUACUAGGAACUUGAAGCUAGCAAAACGAGAAGUCAAGCUGGCUAUGAACAUUGCACGUGGAAGAGAUUCAUCAAUGGCUCUUCUUUUGAAGUCUCAGCUUGAAUAUGCUCGUGGUAACCACCGCAAAGCUAUAAAGCUAUUGAUGGCAUCAAAUAAUCGGACAGACACUGCAUUUUCAAGCAUUUUCAACAACAAUCUUGGGUGCAUUUAUUAUCAGCUUGGGAAAUAUCAGACAUCUUCGCUAUUCUUCUCGAAGGCAUUAACCAAUUGUGCAUCACUGCGGAAGGAUCAAUCAUUAAAGCUAGCCACUUUCUCGCAAGAUAACUCUCUCCUUAUAAUUUAUAAUUGUGGUGUGCAGUACUUAGCUUGUGGGAAGCCAGUACAUGCGGCUCGAUGUUUCCAGAAGGCAAGUCUGGUCUUUUACAAACAACCUCUCUUGUGGCUCCGACUCUCAGAAUGCUGUUUGAUGGCUUUAGAAAAGGGCCUAAUCAAAUCAAGUCGGGUUUCAUCAGAGAGGUUGGGUGUAGGAGUUUGUGUUGUCGGGAUUGGAAAAUGGAGGCAACUUGUGGUGGAUGAUCAGAUUCCAGGAAAUGGACGUGUGGACUCAUCUGAAGGGGAUGAUUGUAUUCCAAAUGAAGAUGGGCGGCUAAAAUUAUCGAUGUCCCUUGCCCGGCAGUGCCUUUUGAAUGCUCUACUCUUGCUGGACUCGAACAAUGCAAAUUGUUUUAAGUCUGGUUUGCCCUCUAAUUCUUCCGUGGAGGAAAAUGAUGCAAGUGAAGUGUCGCCUUCAAAGAAUUCAAAUAUUAAAAAUUUACAUGGCAUUGAUUCAAAGGCAUUUUCUGUAGCAUCGGGUAUAGGUCAGGUCAAUGCAAAUGGGGACACUAAAGAACAGAAGGGAGGAAAUAGUCAGGAACUUGUUCAGAACUCCCUCUCCUAUUAUGAAAAUGUCCGUAAAAGAGAAAAUCAACUGGUUAAGCAAGCUGUUCUAGCUAAUUUAGCAUAUGUGGAGCUGGAGUUGGACAAUCCUGUGAAGGCACUAUCAGUUGCUAAAUCUCUCUUAGAAAUUCCAGAAUGUUCCAGAAUUUACAUCUUUCUAGGCCAUGUUUAUGCAGCAGAGGCUCUUUGCUUGCUGAACAGACCAAAAGAAGCGGCCGAGCACUUGUCAUAUUAUUUGUCUGGGGGAAACAAUGUUGACUUGCCUUUCAGCCUUGAGGACUCUGAGAAAUGGCAACCGGAGAAGACUGCCGAAUUUGAAGAGGUGAAUGUAGGAUCAACAGCUGUCAAGAAUUCUUCUCUUGAAGGCACUCAGAGUAUUGUUUUCCUCAAGCCAGAGGAGGCACGAGCAGCAAUAUAUGCAAAUUUUGCUGUAAUGUCUGCAAUGCAAGGUGAAUUUGAGAAAUCCAGUUUACUGGUUACGCAGGCAUUGUCCAUAUCACCGAACAGUCCAGAAGCCACACUUACAGCAGUUUAUGUGGAUCUCUUGCUCGGUAAGCCACAGGAAGCUCUGACCAAACUAAAACGUUGUAGCCGUAUUAGGUUCCUUCCUAGUGGAAUAACGUUGAAUAAAUCUUCUUGAGUGUUGUAUGCUUGGGUUUUGUCAUUGUGCCUGGCCCACACCUCAGCGUUAGUUAGCAGGUAGCUUAAUCCUUCCAUAGCAUUUGUAACAUAUAUAAGUUCAAUUCAGAGAAUAAUUUUUAAUGAUUCAUUUUCCUUAUAAUUCUCAAAUUUAGGGUCACUACAGGUGGUGGCUGUGUUUUGGUUAGUGCUGGUGCCCACCUUUGAAAUUUGAGCUGUAGAUCUGAUUCGAAUUGUGUUUUUACUUUUUAGAGGCUAAUUUGGUUUAUAUUCAAGAAUAGAGGUCAUGUCACUGUGCUUAUAUUGAGAAAACUGAAAAGUUGAUAGUUAUUUUGGAAUUCCAUUUUGAAUCCGCCGGA